AUGACACCAAAGACUCCAAGUCUCGCUGGUUCCGACAGUGCUCACGGGCAGAGUCCAGCUUCGUCUCCCGCACGCGAUGCAAUGUCGGACGGUGUCUCCGCGGCAUCGAGGGAUGUAAAUCCUAGGCUUGAUGAGCCCGAGCGUCGCGCUCCACGCACGCUAACGGUGACGAGUGACCUCGUUGAGGAUGUGGAGGUGGUCGACUACGAGUCUGACACUCCUUUUCACGGAUGGAAUGACGAGGAAGGCAAGCCGCACCAGCGGCGUGAGACGAGCCCUGCUCGCGCCUUGCGGAUCCCAUGUCCGUUUCUUGACUUCUCGUCACCUGAACGUUGUGUAUUCACCAAUGACCUCGAUGAGGCGCCGGAGCGGCAGCUGAAAGCUGUUCGUAAGGCGGCUCUGAUGCGCGCUCACCCACGGUCGGUCCUUUACUCUCGUGUGGAAUAUGGCUUUCGCCCGGCGGAUCCCGCCGUUGAAGCGAAAGACGUUGUAAAUCGAUCGUUACGCCUCCACAUCAUCGGGUCCCCGGUCAUUACGGAAGAUGAGCUUGCCGAACGGAAAGCUCUUUGA